UGGCUCAGAGUUUGACUCGACGCGAGAGUAAGCAGACAGACAGCAAGUGACCGAAACUCGAGAUUUUGCUGUAUUCUCGUAUUGUUUUGCAGCUUUAGUGUGUUUGUCUAAGCUGUACUUGGUAAGAUCUUAGAGAAAAGAGGAAUAAUGAGUGUGAGAGAGGCCAUGUCCUCUCUACAGAUGACAUCAUCAGUGGACAAAUUACACACACUUCCUGUGGAGCACCUGGACUACACCUACAUCCAAAAGUGUGGAGAUCUGAAAUACCUGGAAAAGAUUCUGCAUGUGCUUAGGUCAGGCAAAGAGGGGAUGUAUCCACACCUGAUCGAAUUCUGUGAGAAGCGCAUUGAGUCUUUGGACCCGAGACAUCGCAUUCUGAGAAAGGACAUGUGUCCAGCAACCUCUGCCUCCUUCUCCACGGAAGAGUGGAGCAACAUCACUGAAGACUUACAGGCCUGGCAGAGAGAGAUCACAAAAAGUGAGCAGCAGCUCAAACAAUCACCACUCUUUAAUGCUAAAACACUCCCACCUGUAAACAAUCGCACACUCCAGAAACCCAAAAACACCACGGCCACUUCAACACACAGGGAAAGAUCUGCUGUUCCUCGUGCAUACAGCGACUGGGACAGGUUUGAUGUUGAUAAAGAAUGUGCGAAGAUAGAGGAGGGUGUAAAUAACAACGACGCCCCUGCUGUGAUAAACUCUGCACACGCAGACAUCAAACAACAUAUUGACACUUCAGCUCUGACACCGCAGGAGAAAUGUGUGUUAGCCACUCGAGAAAAGGAAAAAGGAAAUGAGUCCUUCAGAGCAAACGAUUGGAACGAGGCCAUAGUCUACUACACCAGGAGUCUGUCGAUCUUGCCCACAGUAGCUGGGUUUAAUAAUCGAGCUCAGGCUGAGAUUAAAUUGCAGCGCUGGCCUGAUGCACUAAGAGACUGUGAUGCUGCACUGCAGAUCGAAGCACACAACUGUAAAGCUCUGCUGCGUCGUGCGACUGCAUACACACACCUGGGAAAGCUACAGGCAGCACAUGAUGACAUCACAUUUGUACUUCAGAUUGAACCUCACAAUAUCAUAGCACAGAAACUUUUACAGAAUGUGAAUAAGAAAAUAAAUACAGAGCUGCAGCACAAACCAAACCAGCUUGCUAAGGGCAAAAAGAUUUUUAUCCAGGAAGUACAUGAGGAAAGGGAUGAAAAGACAAAUGAUGCUAAAACUGGAGUCGACAAACCUGCUCACUGGGACAAAAAAGGACAGACAGACAGAGAGACAAAAAGACAGAUGGAGAUUAAAACAGAUGAAGAGACAGAGAGAAAGAACGAUGGAGUGAGACAUGGUGUGGACGCAGCAACUGCGAGAAGUGAAGGAAAUGAGUUGUACAGGAUCGGACAAUAUGGAGCUGCAGCUGAGAAAUACACACACGGCAUUACAACACUUACACAAUCAGGUGUGUACACUGAGGAGGACAUGUUUGUUCUGUACUGUAACAGAGCUGCAUGCUUCCUGAAGAUGGGACAGUGUUCUGAGUGUGUGUCAGACUGCAGUCGAGCUCUGCAGCUGAAACCAUUUGGUGUGAAAGCUCUGUUGAGGCGAGCGAUGGCGUUUGAAGCUCUAGAACAGUUUCGACUCGCUUUUGUGGAUUACAGAACUGUACAACAAAUACACAACACUUACUGUGUACAGCAGCAUGUCAACAGACUCACUCAGGUGCUGAUGGAGCAGGAUGGUACUGAUUGGAGAACAAAACUGCCAGAGGUUCCACUUGUCCCAGUAUCAGCUCAGUGUGAUGAUACAGAGACCCUGCCCGCAUCGCAAACCACACCCAACACACACACUCUGCCCACAAUGACAAGUUCUUCUAAUGCAGAGACUUUGACCACCAUGGAGACUCCUCUCUCCAAACAUAUGGAGAUCCACACAAAGGCUCCACCCAUUUCUGGUCCAUCUCAAACACGCAGGCACAUCAGCAUAUUAGAGGUGGAGAGUGAUAAUGAUGAGGAUGAAGAUGGUGUUGAUAAUGAUAAAGAUGAUGGUGAUAAAGAUGAUGCCGAUAGUGAAGGUAAAGAUGAUCUUGGUGAUGACGUCAAGACCUUCAGUCCAGCGAAUGUCUUUGAGUUUGGACAAGCAUUGAAUGCAGCCCGUUACCGUGGUGACCUGGUGGCGUGUGCUCGGCUCAUGAGGAGCGUGCCACCUCAUACCCUUCCUCACCACAUCAGCACACAGCUAGACACACAAACACUCAGUUUCAUCAUACACACACUGCACACACACAUCCUGCCUACUGAGCCCAGCCUGGUGUACCAUCUUCUCACACAUCUGCACACAGCUGAGAGGUUCACGGUGGCUCUGAUGCUGAUGGACAGAGAAGAGAGGAGACAGAUCACACAGCUUUUUGAUUGUUUGCAUACAGUGGAGUGUGAUGAGUUCACGCAUGAGAACAUUAAUAGCCUGGCUAAUAAAUUCAUAUAAGAUAUUCUCUCUCACACAGACACACACACAAAAUAUGAAAGCAGUGGGGGGAGUCACUAAUUCAUCUGUCAGAAGAUACCAUUGUUCAGAAGGAAACAUUAAAGGUUUCAUCUGCUUCA